AUGCAUUCCACACAGAUCUCACACCUGCUCCUGUUGCCCCUGUUGCUCCUCUACCUGGGCGAAUCCCAAGGGGAUGUCAACCGACUGCUGUUGGAUCAGCUCAACCAAGUGGGACUGGUUAAUCUGCUAGAACAGGCUACGCGUCCCAGUGUUCCCCAGGAUCUCUCGAACUAUGACUUCAUUGUGAUUGGAGCUGGAGCAGCUGGUAGCUCACUGGCCGCCCGUCUCUCGGAGAAUCCCCAAUGGAGGGUGGCCCUCAUCGAAGCUGGGGGAGUGGAGAACAUAGCCCACCUCACGCCAGUGCUAGCUGGCUAUCUGCAGCAGACAUCCUCGAACUGGGGUUACAAAUCGGUACCCCAGAAGCUCUCCUGCCACGGAAUGAACAACAACGAGUGUGCCCUGCCGAGGGGAAAGGUUCUGGGAGGAACCAGCUCCAUCAACUAUAUGAUCUACAAUCGGGGCAAUCGCAGGGACUUUGAUGGCUGGGCGGCAGCUGGUAAUCCCGGCUGGAGUUAUGAGGAGGUACUGCCCUACUUCCUGAGGAGUGAGCGGGCCCAACUGCAGGGCCUGGAGAACUCGCCCUAUCACAAUCACAGUGGUCCCCUGAGUGUGGAGUACGUGCGUUUCCGUUCCCAAUUGGUGGAUGCCUUCGUGGAGGCCUCCGUGGAAUCGGGACUGCCGCGCACCGACUACAAUGGAGAGUCCCAGUUCGGGGUUUCCUAUGUCCAGGCCACCACCCAGAAUGGCAGAAGGCACUCGGCCUAUUCGGCCUAUAUAAAACCGGUGAGGGAUCUGCGCUCCAACCUGCAGGUCUUUACCUUUUCUCGAGUGACCCGCAUUCUGAUCGAUGAGGCUACGAAAUCCGCUUACGGUGUGGAGUUUCACUAUAAAAAUAAACUCUAUACCUUCAAGGCCCGCAAGGAGGUGAUUCUAUCAGCGGGUGCCUUCAACUCCCCCCAACUACUGAUGCUCUCGGGAAUCGGGCCAGAGGAUAACCUUAAGGCCAUUAGAGUACCCCUGAUUCAAGCCCUGCCGGUGGGUAAGAGGAUGUUCGAUCACAUGUGCCACUUUGGACCCACCUUCGUGACCAACACCACUGGUCAAACGACCUUCACAUCGAGGAUUUCACCCGCUGACGUGAUAUCCUACCUCCUGGCCGGAAAUCCAUCCACCGUAUUGAGUUCCAUCGGUGGGGUGGAGGCCUUGGCAUUCCUCAAAACACAGCGAUCGGAACUGCCAAAGGAUUGGCCAGACAUCGAACUGAUUAUGGUCACUGGCAGUUUGGCUAGUGACGAAGGCACGGCCCUGAAGUUGGGCGCCAAUUUCAAGGACGAAAUCUACGACCGGAUGUUCAGGGAACUGGCGCAGGCCCAACAGGAUCACUUCACUCUGCUGGUCAUGCAGUUCCAUCCAAAGUCAGUGGGUCGUCUUUGGUUGAGGGAUCGCAAUCCGUUGAGCUGGCCCAUGAUCGAUCCCAAGUACUUUGUGGCCGAGGAGGAUGUGGAGUAUCUGCUGGAUGGCAUCAAAGCCAGUCUGAGGAUCAUAGAGAUGCCGGCAAUGCAGAGGAUUGGGGCGAGGUUGCUCAAGAGACAGGUGCCAGGAUGUGAGAGCCAUGAGUUCGCCUCGGAUGAUUAUUGGAGGUGCUCUAUAAGAACGUUAUCCUAUACACUGCACCACCAAGUGGCCACCUGUCGCAUGGGACCCGAAAGCGAUCCCACCACCGUGGUCAAUCAUCAGCUGAAGGUGCAUAGGAUGAGGAGACUCCGGGUGGUGGACACCAGUGUGAUCCCAGUCCCACCCACCGCCCACACAAAUGCGGCUGCGUUUAUGAUCGGGGAAAAGGCGGCGGACAUGAUACGAUCCGAAUGGAGUUGA